AUGAAAGAUUCUAUGGAGAUGGGUGAAAGGGUUGUGUUAUUGUUGACUUGCUGCGUCUCGUCCAGAUUUUGGUUCACGCUCUCCCAGGCAUCGCUCCCUAGGACCAAUCUGACGGGUACCUUUUCGCCCUUUUGGAUCUUGUUGAUGACUGAGACCAUGGUUUUUGCCAUUUUGGAGGGGGACCCGGGCAUGUAAGCCGGCGGAUCACGGGUGAACAUGGUUAUCAGGGAGGUUAUUCCUUGGGCGUAGGGUGUUUCUUGUGGUGGUGGUGGUGAUGAUAAGAGGGAGGAGGAGGAGGGGGAGGGGGAGGGGGAUGAUUGGCGCGGUUGGCCAAGGUUGGUGACUGUGCCACCGCAUUCGAAGGCCAGGACGGAGAUGUGGAAGGGGAGGAGUUCCUUCGCGAGGGAGGUGAUUGUGGUGGAGAGGGCGGAUUUGGAGGCGGAGUAGUGGGACAUGAAGGGGAGGGGGGUGUAGGUUGAUGAGGAGGAGGUGAAGGCUAUUGUUACGCCCUUGCGGUUGUUCCGGAAGAGAGGUAGAAAUGCUUGGGUGAGGCGCAUGGGGCCGAAGAGGUUGACGGUGUAGAUUUGGGAGAUGUAUUCUUCGCUGAUGUUUGGGGUUAGCGGGGGGGUUGGGAAACGGGAAAGGGGAUAAGGGGGGACGUACGAGGCUUCCUCGAAGGGUUUCAUGGCUGACAUGCCUGCGUUGUUGAAUAGGACGUCGAUGCCGCCUGGGAAAAGGUCCCAGGCUUGGGCGGCGAUGGAUUGGAGGUGGGGGAGGGGGGAGGCGAUGUCUAGUUCUAACAACUUGAGGUUGUCGGGGUGGGAGGUGACAAGGUCGGAGGGGAAACGGGAGACGAUGUUUCUCCCCGUGGCGAUGACGUUUUGAGAUUGGGAGAGGAGGUGUUGGACUAGGGCGAGGCCGAUGCCGGAGGUGGUGCCGGUUAUGAGGUAGGUCUUGGGGGAGGACAUUUUGUGUUGGUGUCGGUAGGGUUGCGUUGGAGUGGCUAUGUGGUAGUUGUUAUUGGAACUUGUACUGGUGAUGAUGAUGAUUUACAGGAUGAGAUGAAGGAGACAACAUCUUUAUACACGGACGCUCCAUCGUACAAUCACUCAAUACUCAGGGGACUCCCGGGCUCACGAAUGUCUCAGUAUCUCCGAAUACAACCCCCAUCUCACAGGUUCGUCAGAUACAAUGCAGCGGAAUGUCGUCCGGCCGGAGCGGAUACACACCCCGGAGGCUGCGGAGGUGUGGGUCCAUGCGGACGGCAGCGGGUAGGGCAUUUGCGGGCGGUGCGGCCGAUGCGGACGGGUGGGUCCCCGACUAACCACCAGACCAGCCAAAUGUGCUGCUCAAUGCGGUCAACUUUUCCGCAUCUGCGCUUUCACCGCGCUAAGAUGCAGCAGAUAAGAGGAAUUACGAAUGUCUUGAAAGGGACGGUCAUAUUCGGCAGAGAGAUGUUGGCUGAACGUGUCACACCUCAUACGGUGCUCGGUCUCGGGAAUUAGGGGGUGGUCCUCGUCCGUGGCAAUGUGUCUUGGUGGUGUCCAGAAACUGUUUUCAAUUUUAUGAGGGAACGAGAUAAACUAGGGGGUAUGAAUGAACCCAAUCGCUAAAAGGAACAACGGUAAAGACAGAAGAACCGCAUCACGACCAGUCCGAACCCCAUCCGAGCUGACGGUUGACAUGCGCAAUGGCCGUGACACCUCGUCUCACAAAGCUCGGAGCAUUGACCGCGUCCAUAACGUCAGCCACAACAUCCGGCCCAUCAGUGUGAGACGCAACAAGAUCAUUGUGGUCCAGACACGUCUGCCUCUUCCCCAAAACAGCACGGCUGAUGGCCCUCGCCCAGGUAUUGUAGAUAUGAUCCUCCGACAUGCUGACAUAGGCCAGUCUGCCAUUUUCCUGCGGCCUGGAAAAGUCCCAAUCGGCCGUCACAACCUCAAAGGUCUUGGUUAAGAAGUAUAAGAAUGGCCAGGAGAAGAUCCACAGGAAGGUGAGAUAGAAGAUCCAGCGGAUCCAGUUCGUGUGGCGCCACCUGUUGAUCCAGCAGUCGUUGUAGAUGAAUACAUAUUCGUCCUUGACCGGGAAGGUGAUGCAGACGCUGCCGCGGUAGUUGGUGC